GCACCAAUUCUUUCACAACCACAUCUAAUAGCUGAGGACUCGCGAACACAUUUCUUUUCCAGCAUUCCGCUAGACGAACCAUCAUGUUCCGAGGAUUCACCGUCGACACCGGUGCAGGACGACAUUGGUGUGCUUGGCACGAGACGUGUGCGUAGCUCGACCGCAACCAGCAGAAGAAGUUUAUUCUUUGGCAAGGAUAAAACGGAAAUGUUAGCUCGUUUGACGCUGCUGAAAGAUGAGGUGCAGAAGCCGGUGCCGAUGUUCGAGCUCGAAAUGCAUUGGACUAGUAUCGUUCGAAAUAACUUGCUGAAGCAAAUGAAUGAACUGUACCAGUGUCUCUUGAAAAUGCAAGAAGCAGGAUAUAUGCGUGAUGUUGACCCACGGCGUGUGUUCCUCAACUACCCCGAGCUUUAUGUUCACAAUUCCAAAUUCUGGAAAAAA